AGAGGACACACAUUCAAUGUCAUAGCGCGGGAAAUGCGCUGUGUGGCGCGCGCGCUUGCACGGUGUGGCCGUGUGUGAAGUGGUCUAUGGUCUGUGUAGUGUGUGGCUAUGGCGGUCUUCGAUAAGUGGGUCGCGCUCAAGAUUAUCGAGUUUCUCUUUUGCGUAGCCUGCUUGGUGGCGAAGCGCGUGUCGAGCGACGAUGAGGCGCGGCUUGCGUUGCUGCUGCAAAAGCUCUCGAGGGAGUGGUCUCUGCUCAACUCGAUCACUUGGGACUCCGCUGGGAGCUCAUUCGCUGAUGCUACGUAUGGAGGUUACGUGAUCAUCACCUUCAGUCUGAUAUUCGCGCGAGCUUUCCAAGAGAUACCGAAAGGAAGACGAAUAUUAGAGGGCAUACUACUUGGCGUUGGAUUACUGCUAUUUAUUGUUUUGGGUGGUCUAGAGUUAGCAUCUCUAGACGCAGUACCAGAAUCUCUGACAGUCAACGCGUGUGUACUCGGCGCGCUAUCGCUCACUGUCGCAGCACUAUUCCUCCUCGACCUGAUGGGCCCCAGGGUCUAUACAGCCACUAGACCCUCCCAAACCGACACAGUGACAUCACCGAAAAGCGAUAAAAAAGUAUCCAUCUUAACACAAUCGAACACCACGAACACCAACGGCCAUCUACCAGGCGAGAAGACUAACGGCCACGUUCCAGAAAGACCGAAAGACUUACCGCUCGAUAAAACAGAAAUUAAAAAGACGGAAGACAAAUCAACGCUAUUCGAUUCUCCAAAAAGCACGCUAUCACAACUCGAGGCGCUUGGCAUUGAAAAAGACUUGGAAAAGUCAAAAUUCGGGUCACUCAGGAACAUAGAGGGAGGGAAUUAUGUGCGUCUCUCUGAUCCUCUGGCCAUCCCAGAUAGAAUGCACUAUGAGCAAGAACUUGCCAAAUUCAAUGAGAAAUACUUCAGAGAUUACCUUGAAUACGCAGAUAGCCUCGAUGGUAAAGGCAAAGGGUUACCUGUAAAAGAACAAUAUUUACCGGAAUUGCAAACACCAGUGUUCGCUAAAGUGAAAACAGGUCGAAUGCGGAGUCUUUACGACGAUGUGUCACCGACUUAUGAGAAGAAGAUGCAGUCUAAAUCUCCUACAAGAGCGAAAACAGUGGCAACUCCAACAUUACAACAGUUAGAGGAUUAUUUGAAGAGUUCUGGGAGGUCAAGGAGAGGAGAUACUCCCGCCAUGUUUCCUAUGGAACCGAUAGAGGAAAAGGAAGGGAAUGAAGGAGAUGGAAGAGCUUCAGGAACUCCCACUGACCCUGGUUACGUACAAUAUACAGCGAAAAAAUGGCCGGACAAACGAGAAUUAAGAACACCGCGACACAGUCCGACACAGUGAUUUAUUUUAUGUGAUUGAUUACCUCGUGUGAUAAUUAUCGUGGAUGUUAUAUAUU